AUGUACCCGAAAUUUUAUUUACCCUUAGCCCUUGUUGGUGCCGUCUUCUUUACUUCCUGCACCGGCACACGUUUGAUGAACAGCAACAAUGUAGCAGCGUCAGACUUUGCAAUGAAUACCGGUGCCGCCAAGUAUGAAUUGCCUGAAAACAGGAAAGCUGUUUUUGUAGGUCCACCGGAAUAUAUUCCUGAGACACCUGCAGCAAAACCCGCUAUCACUAAUAAUGUUAUUGCAAAAGCAGCAGUUACCAAACCCGCAGUGCCAAAGAUUAUUGAGAAGGGUGGUAAGUAUGUUUAUAUUCCGCAGUCUUAUAUGAGGGUGAAAGAAGAAGCUGGUACAGAUAAAUAUUCUGCAGAAGCCCUUAAUAAAAGAAUAAAGACCCUUAGGAAAUUUGCGAAGGAAAAUAACUAUGAUACUACACUAGCUUUUUUUGUUGAUAUGGAAGUUAAAUCGGGCAAAAAGCGUUUCAUGGUAGUAAACCUGAAAAACAAUGAAGUAAUUAAAGAAGGACUGGUAGCUCAUGGCAAAGGCAACGAGCGGUUUACUUUCGACAGGCAGUUUUCUAACGAUGGCGGCAGCAACUGUACUUCAUUGGGUAUCUACAGAAUUGGUAAGUCAUACAAUGGUGCAUUUGGGUUAUCGUUUAAAUUAUAUGGCCUGGAAAAAACCAACUAUAAUGCACUGAGAAGGUAUGUAGUGCUGCAUUCAAUGGGCAGCAUUCCUGAAGAUGAAAGCAAAUGGCCCAUUACACAAUCUGAGGGUUGCCCGGCAGUAGCACCGGCUUUCCUGGAAGAACUGGCUCCUAUGCUUGAGAAAAGGGAAAAAAAUGUAUUGAUGUACAUCUACUUCGGAAAUAAAUAA